GUUCGCCCUGCUGACAACCGUUCGUGAUCUCAGUCUUUUUGCUUCGGGCCCGGAGUCGGUGUAAUGUGUUGAGGUGGACUCUGAUCGCGUUAUUCAUCCAUCGUAAUCCCAGGUGUAUCAAUUAAAGUGUCAAGAUGGUGCGCAUGAACGUAUUGAGUGACGCUCUUAAGUCAAUAAACAACGCCGAAAAGCGAGGUAAACGCCAAGUCCUCAUUAGGCCAUGUUCCAAAGUCAUCAUCAAGUUUUUGAAAGUCAUGAUGAGUCACGUUUUAGAGUAUUCAGAUUUUAWUUGUAAUUUAGUCUAUCAAUUUUUUUUUUGUUACAGAUUUGUAGUGCUGACCACCAGUGGAGGUAUUAUGGAUCAUGAAGAGGCCAGACGGAAACAUUUAGGAGGCAAAAUCUUAGGAUUUUUCUUUUAAAUUGUACGUUUUAACUUUAAUUUUUAUGACUAAUAAAAAAAUGUACCAUUACAAAACUA